AUGUCAUCAGCUCAAAACUCUCCACGCUUACAAGAGUCUCAGGAACAGCAGCAACAACAGCUUUCCUUGAAGAUAAAACAGUUGAAGUUGAGAAGAAUCAACGAACUAAACAAUAAAUUGAGGAAAGAACUCAGCCGUGAAAGAAUUACUGCCUCAAACGCAUGUCUUACGAUAAUAAACUAUACCUCAAAUACAAAAGAUUAUACUUUACCAGAACUAUGGGGCUACCCUACAGCAGGAUCAAAUCAUUUUAUAGAGGGUUUAAAAAAUGCUCAAAAAAAUAGUCAAAUGUCAAGUUCAAAUACUGCUUGUUGUACGCUUAUGUAA